AUGGCUCCUACUUAUAGUGACCCGGAUAUGCCUUCCUCCGAGCAUAAGAAUUUCUCCCUCUUACUAAGGCUUGACGCCCCUAGACAGCCCUACGAAGGAGUUGGCUUUAGUUUAAGCUACCGUGAAGGAUCUGAAGUAUCUCUUUGGAGGCCGGUUCCUACUAGGCACCGACGUGGUUCGGACAAAGAAGUAUAUAAAUAUAAGAUUGCCGAGCUAACGGAGACUAGCAAUGACCUAGACGACUACGCUAAGUAUAUAUUCGUUAUCCGUGAACGUGUUAACCGGAGGUCCGAGGAGGUAGUGCUAUUUAUAGAUAUUAAGUCGGAAGGCCUAUACGACAUCCUACAAGAGGUGCUAUACGACAUUAAGGCCGUUAGCCUGAUAGAGGAUAAGCUAUCGAUCGAGCAAAAUUUUCUUUUCUAUUUCCUCCUAGAGCUCGAUAGAUAUACGGAGAAUAUAAAUAGCAGUUUAGACUAUAAGUCGGUAUAUACAGAGUAUCUCCUCUUGCUUAUCGACCACCUUAACGUCUCGAAUCAAUAUUAUAGCACGGUCAUAUUAUAUAUGACCUUCUUUAGGCGCUUUUUAAGCCUAUUAAAUCUCGAGUGCCGAUUCCUUGAUUAUAACGGAGUUAAGUUCGGCGAGACCGGAAUCUUUCUAUAUAUUGCAAAGUUUCGGGGGUUAAAGCCGAUCGAGGCCCUUAAGGCCUUCCCUCUCUAUCACUAUUUAAAUUACGAGGGUCAAAAGUUUUGGAAUUUAGCCGGCUUAUACGUUCGGUACUAUAAAGGCAGCGCAUUUUUUAUAAAUAAGGGGAAGGCUAUUAAAGUUAAUAUUAAUAGUCGAGUGGUAGUAGAUACCGUAUUUUUUUAUAAAAUACAGCCAAACUACUCCCGACCGUCACUCCGCGAUAUUGGGGUUAAGGAUAAUGUUAGAAUUGUAGUCUUUAACAUUAGUAUAAUGCUUAUAGAGGACCGUAAGCGAGAGAAGGAGAGAAUGCGAGGAGACGGUGUGGAUGUACAAAAGCUAAGCGAAGCCGAUUUACUAGUCGCCUACCUAAUAUAUCUAAUUAAUGUGAUUCUAGUAGAGUGCGUAGUUAGUGCUCUUAGGGACGUGGUUUGGUCACCUAAGUCGUUCGACUGUCUAAAGAUCCCUUUAGAGACUAAGACUAUCCUUUUGUUAUUAGCGAAAACCCGCCUAGGGAUGAUACCGACGGUACCGUUCGACGACUAUAUCGGUAAAGCGUCUAUGAUAUUAAGACUUCUUAACUUAAUUUGUACUAGUGGCCUACCGGGAGUCGGAAAGACUUUUACGGUUAAGCUUAAGACAGUAUUUAAGAUCGCUAAAUACUUUAAUACCGUACUUCUUUUGGAUGAGGCAGACGCGUUUAUAGAGCAGCGUACAUCUUACUACGAUACCUAUAAUCGCCUUAUGACUAUUUUCCUCCGAAAGCUGGAAUAUUAUUAA